AUGUUGAAACAACUGACACCGGAGAAAGUCAUCGACAUCAUUUGGUUUAGCGUGGCUCUGGCAGUCUGUUGGCCACUUUCUAGCUCUGCUAGUAAAGCUCAAGUCGUUGCUUUUAAAAUUUUACAAAUUUGCAGCGCGAUCAGCGCACUCAUUUUACUCUUACCACUGUUGUACUCAACUUACUUGCACUUCGACGAUGUCAUUGUUCUUUCUCAGAGCAUCUGCUUGUCGAUGGGUGUUUUUCAAAUGAUUAUGCAGACUGUCAUAUGUUUCACCAACUACGACCUUCUGCAGCGAAUAAUUACAGAAAUGAUCACGUACGUCAAAGAGGCGCAGCAAUUCGAAAGGGAAAUUCUCCACAACUAUAUCCAAAAAUGCAAACUUUUUUACGGUGGUUCGUUAAUUUGGACAUACCUCUGUGCAACUUGUUUCGUAUUAGGACCCGUUGUUCUACCAAAUCCUUUUCCCAGCAGUGCAGAGUAUCCGUUUCGCGUUAAUCGUACACCCAUGAAUGCUAUUGUCUACCUGCACCAAUCUUUCAUAAGCUUUCAGUACAGUGCACACAUAUGUGUAAGCAUUUUCGGAGCUCUUUUACUCUGGAUUACGGCUGCGAGAUUUCAUUGCUUAACUCUGGAGGUUCAACAAAGUUCAAGUAUUCAUAUGUUAAUCAUCUGUGUUAAGAAACAGCUACUACUGAGGAGGUACGCCAAAGAAGUGGUUGACGGUUUUCGGCUUAUAGUACUCAACGCUAUAGCAAUGAGCAUUUUGGCUCUUACUCUAAGUAGUAUUACAUUAAUAAUGGAAAUACCGUUAAUUGUGAAAGUGCAAUUCGUAACUGUAAGCUUCACUGUACUCGCAGAAAUUUAUAUGUACGCAUGGUCAGCUGACUACAUGAAAGACAUGAGUGCAAAGGUUUCACAAAGUGUGUAUGAUUUAACGUGGUACGGACAAACAUUGGAAAUGCAGAAAAAUGUAUUAUACAUAUUGGUACACCAAGAACCGGUAAUUCUGUCAGUUAGUUGCAUCGUGCCGGAGCUUUCUCUUCGUUAUUAUUGCUCGUACCUGUCAAAUGCGUUCUCGGUUUUCACCGCUUUGCGCGUCGUGCUGGAUGCAAAAUCAGCCUAA